AUGGAUGGCAUGAAAAAAUUUAAAGAUAUGAAAAUGGGUGGAAAGGAAGUAAAGAAACGAAGAAAAAAUAAAAAGGAUCCACAUGCACCUAAAAGGUCUUUAUCAGCUUAUAUGUUUUUUGCAAAAGAAAAGAGAGCAGAGAUAAUAACUCGAGAUCCGAGUUUAAGUAAAGAUGUUGCAACUGUUGGAAAAAUGAUUGGAGAAGCAUGGAAUAAAUUAGACGAAAGGGAAAAAGCCCCAUAUGAAAAAAAAGCACAAGAAGACAAAAUAAGAUAUGAAAAAGAAAAAAUGGAAUAUGCCAAAAGUAAAAUGAAAUAA